CUGCAUGGGACCAAUUUCAUCCUGCAGAGUUACUCCACAGACAGCCAGACGUGGAUGCCGGUGUGCGCUGAGGGCUGGAGCGACAGCGAUGGGGAAGACGCCUGUGAGCAGAUAGGCUACAACAGAGAGAGCUACGUGUCCUCCACCAAGGCCAGCGCCGGAGCUUUAUCGAACGACGGCUACAUGAAGCUCAAGCCCGAAUAUCAACCGGGAUCACUUCUGCAGUCAAGACUCUCCUACAAUCGCAGUUGUUCAGCCAACGCCGUCAGCUUGCGUUGUAUCGGCUGUGGCGAGAGGACUGCGUUCCCCGUUACGCGUAUCGUCGGGGGGACCGAGGCGGCGGAGGCGGCCUGGCCCUGGCAGGCCAGUCUCCAGAUGUUCAACCACCACGUAUGUGGAGGCUCCAUCAUCGAGUCCCGCUGGAUCCUGUCCGCCGCCCACUGUUUUGAAGGGAACUCCGAUCCUGAACUUUGGACGGUCCACGCCGGCAGCGUGGACUUGUCCUUUCUGAGAACUACUCCCGGGUACGCGGUUCAGAAACUCAUCGUUCACCCCAACUAUAACGAGAAGACGAAAGACAACGACGUGGCGCUCAUGAAGCUCUUCUCCCCGCUGACGUUUUCACGGAGAGUGAGGCCCGUUUGUCUGCCCAACGCCGGCGUGGACCUGUCUCCGGGGUGCCAAGCGUGGAUCACCGGAUGGGGGGCGCAGCGAUUCCAAGGAUCGUCCCCCGACACCCUGAACCAGGCGGAGGUGACCAUGUACAGCCGGGAGCAAUGCAACACAUGGGAGCGCUUAGACGGACUCGACACCACACCAUGAUCUGUGCUGGCAGACUCGCAGAGGAGUCGAUA